AUGUCCCGACGGCUCAGCGCCCAGCGAGGGCAGAACAUCCCAGAGGAUGCCUGCUGUGAGGAGCACCGGGAGCCGCUGCGGCUGUUCUGUGAGGAUGACCAAGCCCUGCUCUGCGGCCGGUGCUUCCGCCCCGAGGAGCACGAGAAUCACGUGGUGAACGGAGUGCGGGAGGCUGCAGACCGUUACAGGAAAUUAUUCCAGGGGAUAUUGAACACAUUGAAGGAGAAACUUGAAGUAGCGAAAAGCAUAUUGGCUGACGAACAGGAAAGAAUGGUGAUGAUUCAGGGAGAAGAGCAGGAUUUUAAAGAGAUGAUUGAGUCUGAAUAUAGGAUAAGGUUCCGGUUGAUGGUUGAAGAGGAGAUGAAUGUCCAGAGCCAGCAAGGGUGCAUAUUCAACCCCAGCACGAGGGAAGACAAUCAGAAUCAGCUGAUGGAGUUUGCCACGGAGUUGAAGGAGAAGUCCCAGGAAACACUACGGAGACUGAAUGAUUUGGGGAAAGAGAACAUGAAUAAACUGAAGGAGAGUGAAGUCAGGCUUUCUGAACAGAUCUGUAGCCUCCAAAGAAUCACUGAAGAGCUAGAAAAGAAGUGUGGGGAAUACACCCUAGCAUUGCUCCAGAAUGCGAGAUACUCUGUGGAAAGGAGCGAGUCACUACUGCUUCAGUGUCUGGAGCCUGCCCAAAUCACAGACCUGAGUUUAUGCCAAGUGACAGGAAUGAGUGGAAUGCUCAAAGUUCUCCAAAGAGCUGUCACUUUGGAUCCUAAUACAGCUCAUCCCUGUCUGGUCUUAUCUGAGGAUCGGAGAAGUGUAUGUCUCAGGAAUGUCCAGCAGGAUGUGCCUGACGGCCCCGGGAGGUUCAUCUUCGAGGCCACCGUGUUGGGGGUGGAGAGCUUCACUUCAGGGAGGCACUACUGGGAGGUGGAUGUGGAAAAGGCAACCAGGUGGCUGUUGGGGAUAUCUGAAGACUCUGGCAGUGGACACAGUGACCUACCCACUGCUGCCAGAGAUAAAGUCUUACUCAUAGGUUCUAUGAUGGGAACUAAUUAUACGUUCUGGGUCUUUCCCCCUCUGAAGAAAGUCUCCUUGAGAGGAGAGCAGAUGCACAAAGUUGGAGUCUUCCUAGACUACAAGUAUGGGCAGUUAUCCUUCUAUGAUGUGACAGAUAGAUCUCUCAUUUAUAAUUUCUCUUCUCUUACCUUCCGGGGAGCUGUCAGACCCAUAUUUUCUCUUUGUAUCCCAACUGGAGGCACAAAUUCUGACUCACUCAGUGUUUGCUGUCCUCAUGUUGCGUCUUGUGAUGUUACUGUUAGCCCACAGGCUUCCUCAGCAUGA